AGCUGUUCGGAGGAAGCGAGGAGCCUGGAGGAGCAAAGAAAGAAGCCUGGGAUUUAUCUCGCCUUUUAAAAUAAGAAGGAAGAGACCUCCGCCUCUUAUCCCAUGUUCCUCUAGUUUAUAUCUCCACAGAGUGCUUGAGACAUGAUGGAAACUGAACGAUGAGGAGUUUGCUGCUGGACGGCAGCUGACGGACUGAACCAUGGCUCAGUUUCCCACGCCCUUCGGAGUGGGGUCCGAUACAUGGGUAAUAUCUGUGGACGAGAGAGCCAAACAUGACCAGCAGUUCCACAGUUUGGCCCCCACACCUGCUGGCUUCAUCACAGGUGACCAGGCCAGGAAUUUCUUCCUCCAGUCAGGUUUACCUGCUCCCAUCCUGGCCCAGAUAUGGGCUCUAGCCGACAUGAACAACGAUGGAAAGAUGGACAUGCAUGAAUUUUCCAUCGCCAUGAAGCUGAUUAAACUGAAACUGCAGGGUCACCCCCUCCCUCCUUCCCUGCCGCCCUCCAUGAAGCAGCAGCCCCUCUCCAUAACCCCACAGCCACCCUUCGGGAUGCCUAGUAUGGGUGCCAUGCCAGGCCUGCCAGCAGUGCCACCCAUGCCCUUGCCCCCUCUGCCAGCAGGUGUGUCUCCUCCGCUGGUGGCAUCAGUAGCCCCACCCGUACCAUCCCUGGCCAACGGAGCACCUGCAAUGAUACAACCUAUGACUGGAUUUUCCCAUCCAUCUGCUGUACUCAACAAAACCUCUUCGUUCAACCGUUCCAGUAUCAAGCUACAGAAGGGCCAGUCUGUAGAGUUACCCAGUGCUCCGGCAGCUCCUCCGCCUGCAGACUGGGCCGUGCCUCAGUCCUCCCGGCUCAAGUACCGGCAACUCUUCAACAGCCACGACAAAAUGAUGAGUGGUUAUCUCACAGGUCCACAGGCCAGAACUAUUCUAAUGCAGUCCAGUCUACCGCAGGCCCAGCUGGCCACCAUCUGGAACCUGUCAGAUAUAGACCAGGACGGGAAGUUGACGGCAGAGGAGUUUAUUCUGGCCAUGCACUUGAUUGACAUGGCCAUGUCUGGUCUGCCCCUCCCCCCUUUAUUGAUCCCUGACCUUAUACCUCCAACAUUCAGGAGAAUUCGUUCAGGUAGUGGAGUGUCUCUGACCAGUAUGCACUCAACUGACCUACGGUCACAGGAAGAGCCCGGGGAGGAAGAGGAGAAAGAGCCAGAGAAAAAACUUCCAGUCACAUUUGAAGAUAAGAAACGCGAGAACUUUGAGCGUGGAAACCUUGAGCUGGAGAAACGUCGGCAAGCACUGCUGGAGCAGCAGAGGAAAGAGCAGGAGAGACUGGCGGCGCUGGAGAAAGAGGAGCAGGAAAGAAAAGAAAGAGAACGACUGGAACAGGAGAGACGCAGACAACAGGAGCUGGACAAACAGCUGGAGAGACAGAGAGAGCUGGAAAGACAAAGGGAGGAGGAGAGACGCAAAGAGAUUGAAAGAAGAGAGGCUGCUAAGCGUGAGCUGGAGCGUCAGCGUCAGUUAGAGUGGGAGAGAACACGUCGACAGGAGCUGCUCACUCAGAGAAACAGAGAGCAGGAGAACAUCGUCCUGCUCAAAGCUCGCAAGAAAACACUCGAGUUUGAAGUGGAGGCUCUGAAUGACAAGAAGUCUCAGUUGGAGGGUAAACUGCAAGACAUUCGUUUCCGACUUUCUACUCAGAGACACGAGAUCGAGAGCACCAAUAAGACACGAGAACUCCGCAUUGCAGAGAUCACCAGCCUGCAACAGCAGCUGCAGGAGUCUCAGCAGUGGUUGAGUCGGUUGAUUCCUGAUAAACAGUGUCUGAAUGACCAGCUGAAGCAGGUUCAGCAGAAUAGUCUGCACAGAGAUUCCUUGUCCAGUCUUCAAAGAGCCAUAGAAAUGAAGGAAUCAACCAAACAGCAGUUGCGAGAACAGCUGGAUGCUGUGGAGAAGGAGACGCGCUCCAAACUACUGGAGAUUGACGCCUUCAACACGCAGCUGAAGUCAGGGAGCUCGGCGGACGAGGUGGUGUUGGACUGUCUCGCAGCACUGCUGGCCUGUUUGAAUCAUAUACACUUCUACUUCCAGGAGCUGCGAGAAAUCCACAACAAACAGCAGAGGCAGAAGCAAAAGGAGUUGGAGGCUGACAUCACCCAGCUGUCACAUGACAGGAAGUCCACAGAGCAACAAGAGUCCAGGUUGUCAGGAACAGAUGAGGGUGUGUCUCCGGCAUGGAGAGAUGAAGGUUUGGGUAAAGUUCCCACUCCUCCUGUGUCCCAUGCCUGGAUGAGCCGAGUGAGUGAAGAGGAGAACCAAAACAGAGCUGACAUACAGGACAACCUCUCUAAACUCUUCACACAGCAGCCAGGCAAACUGCAGGGCCAGUCCCCUUGGUCUAUGGCAGAUAAGCUCCCGGUGACUGGUUUUAACCAGGAGAAGGUAAAAGUGGUCUACUACAGAGCACUUUACCCCUUUGAGGCCCGCAGUCAUGAUGAGAUCACCAUCCACCCUGGAGACAUAGUGAUGGUGGACGAAUCUCAGACAGGUGAACCUGGAUGGUUAGGAGGAGAGAUUAAAGGGAAGACUGGCUGGUUCCCUGCCAAUUAUGCAGAGAAAAUCCCUGAAUCUGAUGUUCCUCUUAGUCUGAGGGCCAGUGCCGCUUCUAGCUCCACCCCUAAAUUGGGCUCCCAUUUGACAGCCACACCCUUGUCGACUACUGCUUCACCCAUUCAACCAAUAUCCACAGAGCCUGCAUCAAUAGCCCCUCCCUCUUCAGCCACAGCCCCUCCAGGCCCCGCCGCCGCCUCGUCCUCAACAUCCAGUAACUGGGCAGAUUUCAACACUACAUGGCCGUCUAACUCUGCUGUGGAGAAGCAGGACAGCGACGGGUGGGACACGUGGCCGACUCAGCCCACUCAACCCUCACAGCCAUCCCUGUCUGUGCCCAGCGGAGGGCAGAUGAGACAGCGCUCUGCUUUCACCCCUGCCACUCUCUCUGGCUCCUCACCCUCACCUGUACUCGGACAGGGCGAGAAGGUGGAGGGUCUACAGGCGCAGUCUUUGUACCCGUGGAGAGCAAAGAAAGACAAUCACUUGAACUUCAACAAGAGCGAUGUGAUCACCGUACUGGAGCAGCAGGAUAUGUGGUGGUUCGGGGAGGUCCAGGGACAGAGAGGCUGGUUCCCCAAAUCGUACGUCAAACUCAUCUCUGGGCCUGUCCGGAAAUCGAUGAGUAUCGAGUCUGGCUCCUCAGACAGCCCUCCCAGUGUUAAGAGACCCAGCCCCUCUCCAAACAAACCCACGGAUCUCGGGGAAGAGUAUGUGGCCAUGUAUACAUAUGAAAGCAGUGAGCAGGGUGACCUGACCUUCCAACAGGGUGAUAUCAUCACAGUCACAAAGAAAGAAGGAGAUUGGUGGACUGGCACAGUGAGCGGGAAGACUGGAGUUUUCCCAUCCAAUUAUGUUAAACUAAAAGAAUCUGAGGGUUUGGGAUCUGCUGGAAAAACGGGAAGUUUAGGGAAGAAACCAGAGAUUGCCCAGGUGAUUGCCCCUUACACAGCCACCGGGACAGAGCAGCUCACUUUAGCACCUGGCCAGCUCAUUCUCAUUCGCAAGAAAAACCCAGGAGGCUGGUGGGAAGGAGAACUUCAGGCAAGAGGAAAGAAGCGUCAGAUUGGCUGGUUUCCAGCUAAUUAUGUGAAAUUAUUGAGCCCCAGCACCAAUAAAACCACACCCACAGAUCCAAACCCACCCAAGCUGCCAACACCCAAUGCAGUGUGCCAGGUGAUUGGCAUGUACGACUACACGGCUCAAAAUGAUGAUGAGCUGCCUUUCGGGAAGGGCCAAAUCAUCAACGUGUUGAGCAGAGAGGAUCCUGAUUGGUGGAAAGGAGAGCUGAAUGGUUCUGUCGGCCUUUUCCCAUCAAACUACGUCAAGCUGACCACCGACACAGACCCCAGCCAACAAUGGUGUGCCGACCUCCACCUCCUUGACAUGCUGACACCAAUGGAACGGAAGAGACAGGGUUACACACAUGAACUUAUCGUUACAGAGGAGAACUAUGUCAAUGACCUGCAGCUAGUCACUGAGAUCUUCCAGAAGCCUCUGCUGGAGUCGGAACUGUUGACGGAGAAGGAGGUGGCCAUGAUCUUUGUCAACUGGAAAGAGCUGAUAAUGUGCAACAUUAAACUGCUCAAGGCGCUGCGGGUGAGGAAGAAGAUGUCAGGUGAACGCAUGCCGGUGAAGAUGAUUGGUGACAUCCUGACGGCUCAGCUUCCUCAUAUGCAGCCGUACAUCCGCUUCUGCAGCUGCCAGCUCAACGGCGCCACCCUCAUUCAGCAGAAAACAGACGAGGUUCCUGAAUUCAAAGAGUUUGUUAAGAGGUUGGCGAUGGACCCCCGUUGUAAGGGAAUGCCCUUGUCCAGUUUCCUGCUCAAACCCAUGCAGAGAGUCACCCGAUACCCCCUCAUCAUUAAAAAUAUUCUAGAAAACACUCCUGAAAGCCAUCCGGAUCACAGUCACCUGCGGCUGGCUUUGGAGAAGGCAGAGGAGUUGUGCUCGCAGGUCAAUGAAGGUGUGCGUGAGAAAGAGAACUCAGAUCGGCUGGAGUGGAUCCAGGCACAUGUGCAGUGUGAGGGGCUGUCAGAGCAACUCGUGUUCAACUCCGUUACAAACUGCCUGGGCCCUCGGAAGUUCCUGCACAGUGGUAAACUCUACAAAGCCAAGAGCAACAAGGAGCUUUUCGGCUUCCUGUUUAAUGACUUCCUGCUCCUCACACAGAUUAUCAAACCUCUGGGCUCGUCUGGAACAGACAAGGUCUUCAGUUCGAAAUCCCACCUGCAGUAUCGCAUGUACAAAACGCCCAUCUUUCUGAACGAGGUUCUGGUGAAGUUGCCCACUGAUCCUUCAGGAGAUGAGCCCAUAUUCCACAUAUCUCACAUCGACAGAGUCUACACCAUACGCGCUGAGAGCAUUAACGAACGGACUGCAUGGGUGCAGAAGAUCAAAGCUGCUUCUGAGCUCUUUAUCGAAACAGAGAAGAAGAAGAGAGAGAAAGCUUACCUUGUGAGGUCUCAGAGGGCUACAGGUAUUGGACGGCUAAUGGUGAACAUUGUUGAAGGCAUUGAGCUGAAGCCCUGCCGUUCAAAUGGUAAGAGUAACCCGUACUGUGAAGUGACGAUGGGCUCUCAGUGUCACAUCACUAAGACGCUGCAGGACACCCUGAAUCCCAAAUGGAACUCAAACUGCCAGUUCUUCAUCAAAGACCUGGAGCAGGACGUGCUAUGCGUCACUGUGUUUGAAAGGGAUCAGUUCUCCCCGGAUGAUUUCUUGGGCAGGACGGAGAUUCGGCUGGCCGACAUUAAGAAGGACCAGGGCUCUAAAGGCCCUAUCACUAAGCGUCUGCUUUUACACGAAGUCCCUACGGGAGAAAUUGUGGUCCGACUGGACCUUCAGCUCUUUGACGAACCCUGACCCAUGUUGUAUGACCUGACCUUUUGACCCCCAGAUUCCAUAUCCGCUACUCCUCUGUGGUGAAAGCCCACCAGCCUAAUGUGACAAUCCCACUCCACCCAGUAUCAUGAGUCGCAGAGUGUGAAUGUGUGUAUUGUGCAAGUUUGCAGAAAGCUGCAACAGUCUUAAUCUGUGAUCCAGAUUAAUUUUUAUGUCCUUGGUACCAUUUAAAGACAAGUCUAGUGUGCGAGUGUAAAUGAAGGAUGUACUGUAGUUGAAUGGUGGACAUCUCAGGAUGCUGUAAGUCUUAGAGUCUCUAUACAUUCUGAUCAGAGAGCUACUGCUUAUAGUAAAAAUACUCCAGGAACAGGAGUGCCUCAGAACUCUUUAUUCUAGAAUGCACAGAUUCAUUCUAGAAUAAAGACACAUUCCAAGCGAUGUGCCAUUCCAGUGAAAGUCUCAUUAUAGUCUUAAUGGUUGUUCAGCAUUUAUUCCAUUAUUUCAAUCAUUAACACUAAAAACUAAACCCAGGUUUUGAUUAGGGAAACCUCUCUAGUGUCUAAAACAACUCAUUUAUUUGUUUUCAUUUCAUUUCACUGAAAGAUAUUGGUGACAAUUGAACAUUUGAAUGAAGUCUAGAUGUUUGUUUUGAGGGUCAAUUAAACCUGAGCAAGUUAGGAAAAAUAAAUAAAUAAAAAUCAGAGCGUUUUGGAACUAUUAUUUUAAUAUAUGCUAAAUUAAUUAGGGGAGGUUUUUUUUUUGUUUUUGUUUUUUUAACAUGUACUAAAAAAAAAGACUAGCAGAAUAUCUCUGAAACGCUCCUAAAAGGCCAUUAUGAUAAGCUCAAAUAGGUUCCAGCAUGAGUUUAUAGGUCUGAGCAAUAAUUCAGCACAUUUAUUUUCAUAAAGAGAUUUUUCAAUUUUACCCUGAUGUUUUUAGUUUUCAGAAUAAGCUAUUUAAUAUAUAGUGCUAUAUUUAAGUUAAUACUGCAUAACAAUUGAGUUCACAGUUUGGUUUAAUGUAUUUUGAUUUUUUUUUUUUUUAAUUCUUGUGCUGUUGUAAGGCAUUAGUGAUAAACACUGUAGUACUGUCAUAUUUGUAAAAAGAGAGAUCUCAAGAGUUAAUAUUUUGUUGAACUGUGUUCUUAUUUGCUUUUUUUUUCCUUAUUUGCAAAGAAUAGCAAGAUGGAAUAUAGUGUUACAGGUUUGCAAGGUUACAGUACGUAGAAAUGGUAUUACAACAGUCUGUUCAAUCCUAAACCAGAGAGCAAAAGGGAUCAAUCGUAACUCAUAUCUGCUGAAAAGUUCUCCAAAUAUGUGCAUCAUAGAAAGAGCCAACUGUUUAUGAUCAAAUGUGGCUGUGUGGAUUUUAAAAAUUUUUGUUAGUUUGCACCCCAGUUAUUGCACUACUGAGCCUGAGAAAUGUGUUGUUUCCUUUUAGACUGUAGCAGGGGAUCUGUAUCAUUACAUUUUUGUGUAUGUUGUUUGUCAAGAUGCAAUACACAUUACAUUAAUAUUCCACUGCUGUGCAAGUGAGAUGUCAGAGUGAUCAAGGUGAACAGCUAUUUUGGGGCCAGCAAGUAAGUCCACUUGGUCUCUCUGUGUUUGUCUAUGCGUGAGAGAGUGAUUCUGAGUGCUUUGAAUGGUUUUUGCUGGGUCACUUUCCCAAACCCCCUCUCAAAGAAUAUUUUAGAUCAUGCAAGGGGACAUAGUCACAUGUUUAUCUUCAAUCCCCUCUUCUCUUUCUCUCCUGACCUCCGCAACAUUGCCCCAUCUGAUAUCUCGCACACUGAACAUUUAAACCCCCCCCCCCAUUAUUUUUUAAUAAGCAAAAUCCCAUUGAUUCAACAGUAAUAUAUGUCUAUGUUUAAAUCUUUGAAUGGAGUAUAAUAUAUUACAACCUGAGAAGUAAAUAUGUUGAUGACAGCGUAUUGUUAUCAAUGUAGAAGCAGUGUGUUGUCUUAAUGUUGCAAAUAAAACUCAAUUGGACC